AUGAUUGGAGCGAUUGCAGCCGGAAACACGGUUGUCCUUAAACCGUCAGAAUAUGCUCCUGCCUGUGCAGAUCUUAUGGCCAAUCUCAUUCCAAAAUACAUCGAAAAGCAUAUUUGUCAAGUAUUCACGGGGGACGUCCAAUUCACACAAGAAUUGCUGGAAAAGGAGAGAUUUGAUUACGUAUUUUUCACCGGGGGCUACGAAGCCGGUCGUGCGGUUUAUGUCGCCGCGGCCAAACACGUCACUCCGGUCACAUUGGAACUGGGUGGCAAGUGUCCGAGCUAUGUGGAUUCGCGAGUUUCCGUAGAGAUGGCUGCAAAACGUAUCGCUUUUAGCAAAUCAUUCAACGCCGGUCAAGUUUGUGUGUCUACGGACUAUGUGUUAUGUCACAAGGAUAUAUUUGAGGAAUUCAAACGAGUCCUAUUGGAUGUGUACAAAGAGUUUUACGGUGAGAACCCCCAACGGACUGCUAAAUUCAGUCGCAUUGUAAACAAUCGACACUUCAAGCGGCUAACAGGAAUGCUGGCGAAUACCAAGGGCAAAAUAAUUCUCGGCGGUGACUCGGAUGCGGAGGAUCUGUUCAUUGCUCCCACCAUUGUGGCAUAUGUAUCCAAAGAUGACGCUCUGAUGCGAGAAGAGAUAUUCGGUCCCAUAUUGCCAAUUAUUGUGGUCGAUUCCGCCACGGAAGCUAUCGAAUUCAUCAAUUCCAGGAACAAACCGUUGGCAAUCUAUGUAUUCACAACAGACAGUAACGUGUUCGCCAAUUUCAAACAUGGCACCUCGAGUGGUGCAAUCAGUCAAAAUGAUUGCUGCACCCAUCUCCUCCUAACAAAAACCCUGCACGCAAUCCCUAAUUUUACACCCUUGAUAGUUUCGCAGUUACCUUUUGGUGGAGUUGGCCACUCCGGGUUCGGGAAUUACCAUGGCCGAUUUUCACUGGAGACGUUCUCACACAAACGCGCUGUGCUUCUCAAAGCGCAAACUGAAGUGGUCAACAACAAAUUUCUUUAUCCCCCGUACAAUGAGGACAAAGUGUCCUGGGCAAGAUGGCUUCUGUCGUCAUCCGAACGCUCUGGUUGCAGCAUCCUUUAG